CAUUAUUCGAAUAUUCAGUGUGAGAUUUAAUUGAAACAUGGCUGGGCGGUUUUUGUGUUUCCCCCUGAGGACUGGCGCGUUUUUCAUGGUUUUUGCAACCACCAUGUUAGGCGUUGGGUGUUUCUGGGCGGGUUCGGAGCAGGCCAACUUAUUGAAUAACGAAAUGGUGGUGAAAAAGGCCUAUUUUCCAUUAACCAUUGGGCUUACUUUAAUAAUAAGCGCGUUUUUUCUUCUACAUGGUACACUUAAAGUCAAACCUCACUGGAUUUUUUCCUAUCUCGUAUUAAGCUCCACGUGUAUCUUUAUUUUAACUGUUAUUGUUUUAGUUAUCGCGCCGACGGCUCUGUGUGUGUUUGCAGUUUUGUGGUACGGGCAAUUUUGUGUGAACAGCUUUUAUAAGUUGGUUGUGGACGCUAAAGAGUUUUUCGGUGAAGUGGUUGCCGUUUUUGAUGGAGAUAUUACUAUUGUUCACAUUGUUUAAUAUAUUUUUACAAAG